GACAGCAGACAAGAAAGGGGUUUGACUUUUGAGCAUGUUUUGUAAAUAAAAGAGCACGCAAGCUACAAAUGUAACCAAAGUCUUCACGGUUUGGGAUGCAAUGGAUGAUGACAAGCUGUUAUCCGAUCUCCUUGAUCCAGUGGUGAACUCAGUAAAUAGCAGCAAACGCAAUAUGUCUAGUAGCACAACGUCUACCCCUUCACAGUCCAGCCACUACCAAGUAUACACAAGAAGAUGGUACAUGCUGAGCGUACUGGUUGUGCUCAACCUAUCCAAUGCUAUUGGUUGGAUCUCCUUUGCUCCAAAAGCAGACAUCACCGCUGAAUACUACAAAACUUCCUUUGCUAACGUCAAUUGGUUAUCUCUGAUUUACAUGGUGACAACUAUUCCCAUUGGUUUCUUAUCAACAUGGGUUCUGGAUACAUUCGGAUUGAGAACUGGGAUGUUACUAGGUGCCUGGCUGAACCUCAUUGGACUCGCAACACGAUACGUAAGCACAAUCCCACAAGUUGAUGGUUACAGAUUCCUGAUCGUCAUGAUCGGCCAAGGGAUCGCAGCGUCUGCACAACCGUUUCUUCUCUUCGCGCCGACUAAACUAGCAGCAGUCUGGUUUCCGGACAGUCAGAGGGCUAUCGCUAAUACGUUAGGUUCGGCGUCCAAUCCUCUUGGAAUACUCCUGGCAUUUGCACUGACUAAUGUUAUCGUACAGGAUGUGACUGAUAUUCCAACAAUGUUGUGGAUAUACACUAUUCCGGGCGGAGUGGCAGCGGCUAUGAUGACAGUAGGAUUCUGUAACAGUCUUCCCCCUACGCCUCCUAGUGCUAGUGCUGCUGCUGUUAGUGAAUCUUUUGUACAGGGUCUUAAGAAGAUAAUACGCAAUCCUGCCUUCCUGCUCCUUCUUCAAGUGUUUGGGUCUGGUCUUGGGUUAUUCAACACUGUCAGCUCAUUGGUCGAGCAAGUUCUUUGUUCAAGAGGCUACUCCGAUAAUUUCUCCUCGAUGGUUGGUGCUCUGAUGAUUGGCGGUGGAAUGGUUGGAGCAAUUAUAACAGGCGUCUACGUUGAUAAGACAAAGAAGUUUGAGAUGACGGCCAAGAUGUCCUUCACUGUGGCCGUUCUUGGCGUCAUUUCUUUCUGCACGCUAUCGUGCUACCAGGGUUUAGAUCCAUACAUAGCAGUAGCCGCUGGAAUAUUCGGCACAUUUGGAUUUGGUGCAUACCCCGUUAUUAUGGAGCUUGGAGUUGAAACAACGUACCCUGUGGCUGAAGGGACUAGCACUGGCUUUCUAGUAAUGGCUGGGCAAGUACAAGGCAUUGCUGGCAUCCUACUCAGCCAGUACCUGACCACAGAUCUUACUCCACAUCAGAAAAAUAUACAAGUUUGCCAAGGAGACGUCACUCCCCAAGAUUUAACUCUUCCACUCCUGAUCUUUGCUGGUUAUGCAGCGUUCAACGCUUGCAUCUUUUUACUCUUCUUCAAGACGGAAUACAAGCGACUCAAAGCUGAGGAGCGCCAAGCAGCUAGUAGCAUCUUAAACUUCAGCAGUCGAAGCCUUGGGACACCGGCCCCUCAAGGCAUUUAUUCGUGAGAUCAAAGGUCAGAUAAUUACCGACAUCUACAUGUAUGCCCAAUUUCAUGGCUCUGCUUACCGUAAGUAAAGAAUCUUCGCGAAUGGAAGCAGGGAAUUUCGUGCUAACGUCAGCGUAUUUCACAGGUUGGCAGGGGAUUUGUGUGCGUGAGUACUCUCUGAUACUAAGACAAAUUCGCCAAACUUUAUCAAAACUGCUCCAGAUGAAAAAAAUUUCAAAUCUAUGCUUAUAACUUGCAUCUUUUUAUUUUAAUUUGAUGCUUCUUUAUUUUGUGAAGCGCUUCGGGACUUCUGUGUAAGGUUUAUUAUUAGUAUUAUAAGGCAUUCUUCACCUACGCAGCUAGUACAUAAAUGUGGUGCUUGCCCUCUUGAAGAAUUGUGAUCGCAAGCACUGAAUUUGUCGGUAUCAGAGCUGUGAAAUUGAGACCUGGUUUUGCAAUAUUCCCAUAAGGGCUACACGGAGGGCAUGGCCUACAUGUAUGUUGCCCCACUUCUUGGCCUUGGUGCACCUUUCAAAAUAUUCUGACAGACUUUUCCAUUGGAAGUGCUUUUUUUAAAAGACUAAUUUUCUUGCCCUGUCAAAAUGAAUGUUCACUCCUGCAAUACGUCUGUUAUUGUUAUUAAUGAAGCAAAACAUUUUUAGAAAUCCGGAAGGUACUUUUGUUUGAGGUUAAAAGGGUAGCUCACUGUACUUGAAUAUGUUGGUCAAGCUACCUGACUGCUGGUUGCAAACCCUACUUCAUUGGUUAUGGAUCUAAGAAUAAACCAUACAUAAUAGUAAACUAGCGAGUACAACCAUGUGUAAAUCUUUUCUGUUGGAUUGUUGGUUCUGAAAAGAGCCGGUUCAGUCGUGACAAUUCUUAAAGUACUAUCUCCUCGACUUCAGUUUUUUUUUAAAGACGAGCAGAAACGUCUAGACGAAGGAUCUUCUCAUAGCCAACAAGCUCUCAGGAGAGGAUUAUUACAUGGUUGUAACCGCAAGUUUACCAUUAUUUAUAGUUUAUUUUUAUCCUUCACACCAUGCAAAGCUUCAAACAUCACUUGAUUAUGGAUCUCUUGACGAGUUAACCAUUGUAUUUCUUUUUCUGUUUAAAAGUGAGCCUUGCGAACUGCCUUUUCAAAAACGAAGGUCAAAAAACUUUGGGUGUGACAAGGAAGAAAAGGAAUCGUGCAGCUUUGAUAAAACUAGCGCAAAUUAUGCCCAAUCGAUCACACUCCUUUAAUUUAUUGUUGACGUACUUUAUUUUUUGCCUUUUCUCUUAAUUUUCCUUUUUGUUUAUUGAUGCAAUGUA